AUGUCUGAAUUGUCACAACAGCGCGUUCCCCCCACUCUCCUUCCCGUCAGCCAUGAUCGCCCCCAAAUGGCGGCGCUCCUCCAUGUCUCGUUCUUGACGGUGUUCCGGUCGUCGUCGUCUGGGUUACCGUCGAUGACAUCGAACGAGGCCACAGCCGAGUAUGCCCCAGUGGUGCCCACCCACGACGACCUGCGGCUGCUGUCUGAAGCAAACGACGAAAAGUUGACGUCGCGCCGACGAGCCAACGCCGUCUUUGUGGUGCUGGCGCGUAACUCGGACCUGUUCCAGUGGCUGGAAUCAAUGCGGCAGAUGGAGGACAGGUUCAACCACUGGGCCCGCUACGACUAUGUCUUCCUCAACGACGAGGAGUUCACAGACGAGUUCAAGAGGCGUACACAGUCGCUCACGAAGGGCAAGUGCCAAUACGGCCUGAUUGAGCAUGACCACUGGAACCAGCCGGACUGGAUCGACGAGGAAAAGGCAACGACUGCGCGAGUCAAGAUGGUCGAAGCUGGCAUCAUCUACGCGGGCUCGGUGCCGUAUCGCAACAUGUGCCGCUUCAACUCUGGAUUCUUCUUCAAGCACCCGCUUCUCGCCCAGUACGACUACUACUGGCGUAUUGAACCCGACGUCCGGUUCUUCUGCGACCUCAGCUACGACCCGUUCCUUCUCAUGCAAGACACAGGAAAGGUGUACGGAUUCACCAUCUCCCUGUACGAAUUCAUCGAGACCAUCCCGACCCUUUGGGAUGAGACAAUGAAAUUCAUAAAGGAGCACCCCGAGUACGUCGCGCCCGACAACGCCAUGGAGUUUGUCUCGGACAACGGCGGCGAGAGCUACAACCUGUGCCACUUUUGGUCCAACUUUGAGAUUGCCGACCUGCGCUUCUGGCGCUCGCAGGCGUACACCGACUACUUCAACCACCUGGAGAGCACCGGCGGGUUCUACUACGAGCGCUGGGGCGAUGCACCCGUCCACUCCCUUGCUGCGACGCUGUUCGCCAACAAGAGCCAGCUGCACUUUUUCGACGACAUUGGCUACCGCCAUUCGCCCUUCCAGCACUGCCCCCAGGGCCCGUCCCACGAGAAGAACCGCUGCAUCUGCAACCCCAGCGACAACUUUGAUUUCGAGGGCUACUCGUGCACGAGGAGGUAUGUCAACAUGCCGCCUCCGAAAGAACUCUAG